AGAAUUAUUUUAGAUUUUUGACCAGUUUUGUGACUUUAGUUUAUCAGUUACAGUUGAGUUCACACUAAACUUCCCACACUUGUGCACUUCUAGUGCACUAGAGCUGAACUAGAAGUGUACACCGUGUGCACUAGACCAUAUGACCAGGCUGGCCAGAGAAGAUGACAACUAAAUCGUGUAUUGGAUAAUUGCAUAUCAAGUGACAGGGGCAUCCAUUGUUAAGUUGUUUAAAGGAUAUAUCUGGAUAGAAAGGUUACUACCUGUAUAUGUGUAUCUGUUUUUGAAUAACAUUUGGUGUUGACAAGGUUAGUUGUUGAUCAUGUAUGUGGAUACCACAGACCAAGUUAAUGAACUACACCAAGAUGAUGAGAAUUGUUCAGUGCUACAACUUAACUACAAUCACAUAAAUGAAUUAACCGAUGAUGACAUGAAUUCAAAAGCCUUCCAGAAUGCAAAAUGUUUGUAUUUAAAGAGGAACAACAUCAAAACUUUGCCAAAGAGCAUAAAGUUAAUGAUAGCACUGACACAGUUGCAUAUAGAAGGCAACAAUUUAUCUAGUCUACCAGAUGAGAUUGGUGAUUUAAAGUUACUGGAAGUGCUCAAUGUUGUAUCUAAUGGUUUGACGAGCAUACCACCUAGUAUUGGUGAACUGAAAGGUCUUAAAAAGCUUCAGAUAUCUAUGAACAAAAUAAGAUGCCUUCCAAAUGAAAUUGGAAACUUACAGUGUUUGGAGACAUUGGAGGCUUCUAGUAAUAAUUUGUUUAGUGUACCUGUCAGUCUUAUAAACUGUACACAACUAAAACUGCUAGCUCUUGAUAAGAAUAGAUUGAAGUUGUUGCCAAGGCAACUUUGCAGAUUGAAGAAACUUACAGAACUUUCAUUAGCCGGAAACCAGUUGGAAUAUCUUCCGCCAAUGAUAUUUCAUGACCUGUCGUCAUUAGGUAAUCUUGUGAUAGACCAGAAUCCUCUAAUAACAGUGUACCCACCACACCCGGGAAAUAUUGAGAUCAGUCACUUUGGAAUAUCUCGCAUAGAUGGUAGGGAUAGGGAGAGAUUUCAACAUUUGAUCAUCCAAGGAAAGACAAUUUCUAUGCCUGAAGAAUUUUCUGAGUUGUGUAGACCAGGAAAGAGUAGUGUCCCCUGUCUUCAGGAACUAACUCUGAGGUCAUUUCAUGCAAAACUGGAUUUACAGUCUGGUUACUUAGAAGACCUGUUAUCAGCAGAUCUUGUGGACACUGUUAUGUUUCCUACCAGCCUGUGUCAUCAUUGUAGAAAAACCUUGUUUAUAUCUGCAUUCCCAGUUAUAUACAAAGAAAAUAACACUACAUUACUUACAUCAGCUUUCUGCUGUUCUGUCAAGUGUAUUGUAUAUCAUGAUUUCAAACAAGAUACAUUACUGUAUCCACCAAGCUGAUGGGUGGAGUAAUAUGAAGGAUACCACCUAGCUGAUGCCUGAUGGGUGGGGUAAUGUGACUGUAAUCAGUUAUUCAGAAAACAAGGUGCUCAUUGUCUAACAUUGUGAUACAUAUGAAUAUUGAUAUCAUUUUUGUAAGCAUGUAGAAUCCGUGAUAUGUUUGAUAUGUAAACUUUUUGUAAGCGUGUAGAAAUUGUGAUAUGUUUGAUAUGUAAACUUUAUGUAAGCGUGUAGGAACUGUGAUAUGUUUGAUAUGUAAACUUUGUGUAAGCGUGUAGAAAUUGUGAUAUGUUUGAUAUAUAAACAUUGUGUAAGCGUGUAGGAACUGUGAUAUGUUUGAUAUGUAAUCUUUGUGUAAGCGUGUAGAAAUUGUGAUAUGUUUGAUAUAUAAACAUUGUGUAAGCGUGUAGGAACUGUGAUAUGUUUGAUAUGUAAACUUUGUGUAAGCGUGUAGGAACUGUGAUAUGUUUGAUAUGUAAACUUUGUGUAAGGGUGUAGGAACUGUGAUAUGUUUGAUAUGUAAACUUUGUGUAAGCGUGUAGAAAUUGUGAUAUGUUUGAAUUAUAAACAUUGUGUAAGCGUGUAGGAACUGUGUUAUGUUUGAUAUGUAAACUUUGUGUAAGCGUGUAGAAAUUGUGAUAUGUUUGAUAAUUUAUUGCUUUGUUAAAUGGGAUUAUGUUUCUAAGAAUUGUUCUGUUAUUUGAUAAAAACUGUUUUCAGACAAGCAUUGACA